CAGCUAGCUCUCUUUUUUCUCAUGUAAAAAAAACUUAAGAAAAACAAGUCACCAAGAUCCAUUUCUAUCUUGAACCCGGUCCCCCUACAUCACCCCCUCUAAUUCAGCUCUCUGGAUUUAUUUUUGUACCAAACCCGGAUUUUAGCUCACGUCAUUCAUAAUUAAUCACUCACCCAAAAACAAAAGCUAAAUUAAUUACAUCUGUGCCAUUCCCUCCCAAUGUUCUUUCCGAGGUUUCUCGGGUUGAUUUGUCUUCUGGGUUUUGCUUCUGGAGCAGCCCUUCUGCCUCCUGAUGAAGUGAUAUCUUUGCAGGUGGUGGCGAAGAGUUUGGGGAAGACGGAUUGGAAUUUCAGUGUGGAUCCAUGUAGCGGGUUAUCGGGUUGGGUUAUCCUUAACCCGGCCAUUAAAGAAUUUGAGAAUACACUUACUUGUGACUGUACCUUUGACAAUAACACCGUAUGCCAUGUUAUUAGCAUAAUUCUAAAAGCCCAGAACCUGCAAGGUACAGUCCCGCGAGAGCUCGUCCGACUCCCUUUCCUUAAAGAGAUUGAUCUCACCCGAAAUUAUCUCAACGGCACCAUCCCUCCAGAAUGGGGUUCCAUGAAUCUCGUAAACAUUUCUCUCCUCGGGAACCGUGUGACGGGCCCAAUACCGAAAGCACUUGCCAACAUCAGUACACUUGCAAAUCUGACCAUCGAGUACAAUCAGUUAACUGGACCAAUCCCUCCAGAGUUCGGGGAUCUUCCUCAACUAGAGAGAUUACUAGUUACCUCAAACAACUUAACCGGGGAGUUACCCGCAAAUCUAGCAAAACUUACCACGUUGAGAGAUUUUCGCAUUAGUGACAACAGCUUCAGUGGAAGCAUACCAAAUUUCAUCCAAAACUGGACAAAUAUCGAAAAAUUGGCGAUUCAGGCCAGUGGUCUGACUGGGCCAAUUCCUUCCGGUAUUGCUUCCCUAACCAAAUUGACCGACUUGAGAAUCAGUGACUUGAGCGGAAAUGUAUCAACUUUUCCAGAUCUUAGUAACAUAAAAAAGCUGAAGACACUGAUAUUGAGGAGUUGCAAUAUCAUCGGGGAGUUGCCAAGUUAUCUUGGAGGAAUGAAAACGUUGAAAGUCUUAGACCUGAGUUUCAACAAAUUAAGUGGACCGAUUCCCGACACCUAUAUUGAUCUAGCAAACACGGAUUACAUCUAUCUAACUGGGAACUCCCUAAGUGGGCCGCUGCCAGAAUGGAUGAUGAAAGACGGCGACAGAAUUGACGUAUCUUACAACAACUUAACAUCUGAAAGUUCCGCCUCAAGUUGUCAGCCACGCAACUUGAACUUGUUUGCAAGCUCCAAAGGAAAUACGUCGGGUGUUGUUUCCUGCUUAAGAACCACAUGCCAGCGAAUGUAUUACUCUCUCCAUAUUAACUGUGGUGGAAGACAAGUAGAUGAUGAUAAAGGAUCUAAAUACGAAGAUGAUGGAUAUUCUGGCGGGCCUUCAAAUUUCUUUGCAAGUAAGACAAACUGGGGAGUUAGCAGCACGGGCCACUUUUUGGAUGAUGCCCGCCCUACGGACUCGUACAUCUGGGCAAACAGCUCAAGCAUCUCAGGGCCGAAUUCCCAGUUGUACAUGGAUGCACGCCUUUGCCCACUCUCGUUGACUUAUUAUGGAUUUUGUUUGAUAAAUGGGAACUACACAGUGAACCUUCACUUUGCAGAAAUCAUGUUUACUGAUGACAGAACCUACAGUAGCAUCGGGAGGCGUCUGUUUGAUGUGUUCAUUCAGGGAAAGCUGGUGCUGAAGGAUUUUAACAUCGAGAAUGAAGCAGGUGGAGUUAACAAGGGAAUCAUAAAAAACUUCACUGCAGUUGUUGCUGAUAAUACUUUGGAUAUCCGCUUCUAUUGGGCUGGGAAAGGGACAAAUGGUAUUCCUGUUAGAGGCGUAUACGGUCCUCUCAUUUCAGCCAUAUCUGUCGAUCCCAAUUUUACGCCACCAGCAGAACCAUCAGAAAAUGGAAGCAGCAUUUCUGCAGGGGCUAUAGUUGGUAUCGUUGCAGCAGUUCUUUUCACAGUCUUUCUGGUUCUGGGUAUUCUUUGGUGGAAGGGCUGUCUGAGACCUAGAGACACACUUGAACACGAACUAAGGGGUGUAGACCUUCACACUGGGUCAUUUACGCUAAGGGAAAUUAAAGCUGCCACAAACAAUUUUGAUCUUGCUAAUAAGAUUGGAGAAGGUGGUUUCGGUCCUGUAUUCAAGGGUGUCCUAUCAGAUGGUACUGUCAUCGCCGUAAAACAGCUUUCUGCCAAAUCAAAACAAGGGAACCGUGAGUUUGUCAAUGAAAUUGGCAUGAUUUCUGCUCUACAACACCCUCAUCUUGUUAAGCUGCAUGGAUGUUGCAUUGAAGGCAACCAGUUGUUGCUUGUGUAUGAGUACUUGGAAAAUAAUAGCCUUGCUCGUGCAUUAUUUGGUAAAGAAGAACACCAAAUUCAUUUGGAUUGGCCGACAAGACACAAGAUCUGCAUUGGUAUAGCCAGAGGCUUGGCUUAUCUGCAUGAAGAAUCGAGACUUAAAAUUGUGCAUCGUGAUAUCAAGGCUACAAAUGUGCUUCUUGAUAAAGAUCUUAUGGCUAAGAUUUCUGAUUUUGGACUAGCCAAGCUCGAUGAAGAGGAUAACACCCAUAUAAGCACCCGCAUUGCUGGAACUUAUGGAUAUAUGGCGCCUGAAUAUGCGAUGCGAGGCCAUUUGACAGACAAAGCAGAUGUAUACAGCUUUGGGGUCGUUCUUUUAGAAGUUAUAAGUGGAAGAAGCAACUCUAGCAGCAGGAGCCGGGAUGACACCUUCUAUCUUCUUGACUGGGCAAAUUCGUUGAAGGAGACGGGAAAAUUGAUGGAUCUAGUGGACCCAAGAUUGGAAUCUAAGUUCAAGAAAAAAGAGGUUUUGUCGGCCAUAAACGUUGCUCUCCAUUGCACGAAUGUUGUAGCCACAGAUAGGCCGAGUAUGUCGGCAGUGGUAAGCAUUCUAGAGGGCAAAACUGUUGUCGGAGAGUUCUUUUCAGACACAAGUACUGUCUCGAACGACAGGACAAAUUCGAAGGAAACAGCUAAUGAAGAUGGUCAGGGGCAGAGCAUAUCUAUGGAUGUUCCAUGGACUGGUUCUUCAGCAUCCACUGCAGGUGAUCUCUAUCCUAUCGCUGCCGAUACUGAUUACUGGGAGAAGAGAGAUGUGUGAAGACACACGACUUCCUAGAUAUUAUUUUUUAUUUCUCUAAGAUUGUGUGUACAUUUUGUGUUUUUGGUUUUUUUUCGAUCCUCAAGAGAAAGCAAUGUUGAUGAACUUGUCUGAAAAUGUUAUAAAAGUUUUUUUCGUAUUUCCUGUAAUUCGUUGUAAAAAGUUAUUAUUUCACUCUGACAUUUUUUUUGUAUGAUGUUUAAAGAGCUUGAGAAGAUGAACUGUUCUUGAGGUGAUGUUAGAUC